GGAGCAGGAAAAGGAGGAGGAGGAAGAGGAGGAGCAGCAGCAGAAGCGCGCGGUUCCCCCGCCCGCCCGCUGAGGCCGCAGCUCCCCCGGCUCCGGCAGCAUCGCCCCCCCGCAUCCCGAGAGCAGGAUUUCCCAUUGCCAAGCCGUGGCCGGAUGGAGGAGGAGGAGGCCGCGAAGAAGAGGAAGAUGCCCCGGGAGCCCCAGGCAGACAGGGAGCUGAGCACGGAGCCCAGAGAGAACAAAUCCCCGUGGCAGAAGCUGGUGGGAGAGGCCGUUUUGAGUGGCUCCACGGGGCAGGAAUCUAAGGGGGAGGAAGAGCCCCAGAGAUGCUGCACAAGGAGGGGCUGCAAACACAGCCCAAGGAGGUCCAAGGAGGAAGGUGGCCGGAGAUCCAGCCAGAGCUUGGAGCUGGGGGUCCAUGAACAGCUUCACAAUGGGGAGAAGCCCCACAAGUGCUCAAAAUGUGGGAAGGGCUUCAGGUGGAAGUCCAGACUGAUUGUCCACCAGAGAAUCCACACCGGAGAGAGGCCCUACGAGUGUGGGGAGUGUGGGAAGAGCUUCAGAGACAGCUCCAGUCUGAUCUGCCACUGGAAAAUCCACACAGGGGAGAGGCCCUACGAGUGUGGAGAGUGUGGGCAGAGCUUCAGCCAGAGCUCCAACCUGAUUGUCCACCAGAGAAGCCACACAGGGGAGAGGCCCUACGAGUGUGGGGAGUGUGGGAAGAGCUUUGGCCGGAGAUCCAGCCUGUGGGCACACCAGCGGACGCACACAGGGGAGAGGCCCUACGAGUGUGGGGAGUGUGGGAAGAGGUUUCCAAGGAGCUGCAGUCUCCUCAAACAUGAGCAGAGUCACACGGAUGAGAGGCCCUUCCGCUGCUCCGACUGUGGGAAGGGCUUCCAGCGCAACUACACCCUCAUCAUCCACCGGCGCAUCCACACCGGGGAGAGGCCUUACGAGUGUCCCCAGUGUGGGAAGAGCUUCUCACAGAGCUCUUCCUUGACCCAGCACCAACGGAGCCACCACUAAGGGAAGCCCUGCGAGUGCCCCGAGUGCGGG